AUGCUGAGGCAAAAUGGUCAGCUGGCGCAUGCUGCCUGCGAGAAGGAGACAUUUUGCCAACAGGCCAAGUCCAAGGACAAGAAGGACAAGACGCGGGAAGUGCUGACCAGUCCUUCCAAAUUGGAGGGUGGAGAGGACAAGGCGAGUGAGAAGAAGGCCAAGCGCAAGGACAAGAAAGACAGGACGCAGGAAGCGCUUGAAACGCUGACCAGUCCUUCCAAACUGGACGGUGGAGAGGACAAGCCGAGUGAGAAGAAGGACAAGAAGGACAAGAAGCAGGAAGUGCUGACCAGUCCUUCUAAAUUGGACGGCGGAGAGGAGGAGCCGAGCGAGAAGAAGGCCAAGCGCAAGAACAAGAACAAGAAGCAGGAAGUGGAAUUGCAAAGGCUGACCAGUCCUUCCAAAUUGGGCGGUGGAGAGGACAAGCCUAGCGAGAACAAGGCCAAGCACAAGGAAAAGAAAGACAAGAAACAGGAAGUGCUGACCAGUCCUUUCAAACUGGACGGUGGGGAGGACAAACCGAGUGAGAAGAAGGCCAAGCGCAAGGACAAGAAAGUCAAGAAACAGGAAGUGCUGACCAGUCCUUCCAGAUUGGACGGUGGAGAGGACAAGCCAAGUGAGAAGAAGGAAAGGAAGAACUCGCCUGUGGAACUUCAGCCAACACCAAACGUGCCGGGCACAGAUGCUCAAGCUCCAUCAAAGGACAAGAAGCGAAAGAGGGGAAAGGAGCUGCUAGCCAGUGUGGAAGCAGCUUCUGGUCAGGAUGACCAGCCAGCUGGUGUGAAACAAAAAAGGCCACCUGGAGUCUUAGUGAGUUCUCCAGAGAAAGAUGGGAAAUCAUUGGCGGCGGACUUUUGGGCAUCUUCACUCAGCCCGAGUCAAGCUGUGGCUGCCCCGGAAAAGAAGACUGCCGUGUCUCCAUUUGACUUGGCCAGCGAUAUGCUGGGAGCUGCCUUUGGCGCACCGGUUGACGCGCCUUCCGGUGCGAAGCACCGCCACGGUCGACGGCGGCGGCGGCGCAAAGAGGAUUCACCAGCACAGGAAGGCCGCUGGGUGCCGUCAGCUGAUUGGCCACUGGAUUGGUUUUCUCGCCAGCCGAUUGUCUACGACUACAAGAUGCACCACCUCCCACAUGCUUCUCAUGCUUUGCAAGCCUCACACGCGUUGCAAUCGCCAACCCAACCAGUCCAACCAGUUCCACCUGUGCAGCCAGUGCCAGCCGCAUCCACAUCACCUGCACGACCGCAACCCUAUCAGCUACAGGCCGCAACGAUGGAGGAGCUCCACGAUUUGCAAGCGCCGCCGGCAACUGCAGCCGCUCAAGCUGAGCGGUCAGACAGCCCAGAUUCCAGUGAGGAUGUUGAGACAAAAGAGGCAGAAGUCCAGGCGGACCGCCGACAAAAUAUGGGGCCCACAGAACCUGGUGCCGAGCCAGACCCAGCGCCAGAAGCGGCAGACGCAGCCGAAGCUUCGCAAGUGGAGGCAGCGCUGGAAGCGGCAGAUGCAAAGCCGAAAGAGCCGUUGCCGCCCGAGAGCAAGGCCUCGGAGACCUCGAGGCGGCGCCCAAAAGCCGCAGCCAAGAAGUCUGCUCCGGCCCCCCCGCGGCCGUUGCCAGGUGCUGGGGACGAGGACAGUGAUUGGGACGUGGGGCAAGACGGCGAUCUACAGAGAAGCCUUCAAGCAGCUUUAGGUCGGGAAUUGCCAGACGUGAUUGAGGUUGCUGACGAUGGUAGCCCAAGCACUGCGCCCUCUAGGGGUGUGGCAAGAACGUGGUCACGCACAGUGAGCUGGCCCGAAACCAAUGGAGCUGCUCACGGGCUGCUUCCGCUUCACUUGUCAAAGGACACAGGUUGGCAGCGAUCGCGUAUCAAAAGUCAUGAGCUUCGGUGCCGAGUUGCACACCGAAGUAAUGGCUUGGGCGUUGGGGCCUGCGACAGCGAAGGUGACGGGCUGCCGCCAAGCAACCCGCUAGGUGCAGCAGAGGAGGCAGUGACCCUGCCAUCCACGGCACCAGAGGCUGGUCCUCCGUCAAAGCGUGGUAUACGACUUGCAGCAGAAUGGAGGCCUCCCCCUCCACUUCAGCUACCAGAGGAAGUGCAGUGGAAAGCAGCCACGUACCGUGGCUCUGAGCUUCACGCACGAUUGCAAAGUCGGCGGUUGCAGCCGCAUCGCCAAGCGGAGGAGUGGGUUGGGUUGGACUACACUGCCAAACUGGUUGGGCUUUUACGACAGCUCGAGCUUCAUGCCGCAGAGCCUGCAGUUCUGCUUCGGAAGUUCUGGCCCACGCUUUCUGCAAGUGAACAAUCUCGGUUCACUGGAGAGUUUCCGCAAUUUCUGCGUCAUUUGCCUGCUGCACCUGGUCCACUUCAGUGAGAGUGACGGAGUCAGAGUUGCAAAAUGCUUGCGCCCGUUCGUUCCACAAACUGGCUUGUCGCAGCGCAAUCAUUCAGCAGAACUUGUAUAUGAUUUACUGCAGCUAAAUGAGUGUGAGGCUGGGACAAUCAGAGAGGC